AUUUUAUCGGUUCUUUGCUGCUGUCCCUUUAAAUGAGACUCCGCCUUCCCCUCCAUCUAACAUCCGCGCCCCCACCUACCUCUGAGCACUUUCACAUCAACAAUGAGAGUCUUUGCAGUCUUCAAUCAUAAACUCCUCCGUAUCUCAAUAAAUAGUCCGGAUUUUGGGGCGUUCUGCUUGUAAAUUUGCACGAGAGCAGCUCGUGACAGAAAGCGGGGCGGCGAAAUAAGGAAUCACAAAUUGAAAACAGGAAGCCAAGUGAAGCGUGGGUGUGGCUGCGAUGGCUGGUGGAAGGAGGGGAGCAAAUCGCACCACAUACUGCAGACCGCCGGUGAGCAACGACCAAGGAUCUGUCAGCAAUGGCAACCACACAACCAGCUCUCCGGUCACGGGGGUGCGAUCCCGUAUAAGAAACGGCUCGGGGACGUGCAUGUCCAGCCCUCCGCUCGCCGCACAGACCGUUGUUCCUUUGAAGCACUGCAAGAUCCCGGAGCUGUCUGUGGAUCAAAAUGUGUUGUUUGAGCUCCAUCUCUUCUUCUGUCACCUCAUUGCUUUGUUUGUCCACUAUGUCAACAUCUACAAGAGUGUGUGGUGGUAUCCUCCAUCACACCCUCCCUCCCACACAUCACUGAACUUCCAUCUUAUCGAUUACAACAUGCUGGUGUUCACAAUCAUCCUUCUUGCAAGGAGGCUAAUUGCAGCGAUUGUGAAAGAGGCAUCACAAAGUGGGAAACUCUCCUUCCCUCACUCAAUAUUUUUGGUAACGGCACGGUUUGCAGUGCUGACGCUGACGGGCUGGAGCCUGUGCCGCUCUCUCAUUUACCUCUUCAGGACCUACUCUGUUCUGAGUUUACUUUUCCUUUGCUACCCGUUUGGGAUGUAUAUUCCUCUGUUCUGGUUGAGCUGUGACCUCCGGCGAGCAGGCCCCCUCUCCCCCAUCGCCAGUAUCGGCUCCAAAGAGGCGUGCGGCGCGAGCCGAGGCAGGGACUACCUGUCCGUGCUGAAGGAGACGUGGAAGCAGCACACCAGCCAGCUGUAUGGCGUUCAGGCUAUGCCCACCCACUCCUGCUGCAUCUCGCCUGACCUCAUCCGGAAGGAGGUGGAGUACCUGAAGAUGGACUUCAACUGGAGGAUGAAGGAAGUCCUCGUCAGCUCAAUGCUCAGUGCUUACUAUGUGGCAUUCGUACCUGUGUGGUUUGUAAAGAGUACCCAGUAUGUAGACAAGCGAUGGUCCUGUGAGCUCUUCAUCCUAGUGUCAGUCAGUACAUCAGUCAUCCUCAUGCGGCACCUGCUACCACCUCAGUACUGUGAUCUUCUACACAAAGCUGCAGCUCACCUCGGCUGCUGGCAGAAAGUAGACCCAGCGAGCUGCUCCAACGUCCUUCAGCACAUAUGGAGCGAAGAGUACAUGUGGCCACAGGGAGUCCUUGUAAAACAUAAUAAAAACGUCUUUAAAGCCAUGGGCCACUAUAAUGUUGCAGUUCCAUCAGAUGUGUCCCAUUACCGCUUUUAUUUUUUCUUCAACAAACCUUUACGAAUAUUAAAUAUCCUCAUCAUCCUCGAGGGCGCCAUGAUAUUCUACCAGCUUUACUCGCUGAUAUGUUCAGAAAAAUGGCAUCAGACGAUAUCGCUGGCUCUGAUUCUCUUCAGCAACUACUACGCAUUCUUCAAGCUCCUCAGAGACAGAAUAGUCCUCGGGAAGGCGUACUCGUUCUCCAGCAGCUCGUCAGACCAAAAAGUUAGUUAAGACUCCCGCUUCGGUUGGCUGUUCUCCGUUUGGAAGAAAAAUUUACAGAAAUCUUUUUUUUUUCUACAAAUUUCAUUUUGUGACACCAUUUUUGUUUUGAACUGUCAUAAUAAAAGAAAUAUUUUUGUAUUACUUUA